AUGGAACGUCUGGCCGUGCCCACGUGGCACCCUCUCCUUCUUUCUGGAAGAGGAGCGGCAGGUGUGCCCCAGCAUGCUACUGCACCGCCACACCGGGCCUGUGCAUCACAGACCAGAACGUGUUCCAAGGUCACUGUGUCGGCGGUGAUCGGUGCAACCUUGCGAACGUGGAGAAAGCGUGUACGAGAAAAGAACCUGACCCCAUCAUGGACAGCUCGACUGGCUACUGCAGCUGCGGAGCCAGGUGUGACAGGCGGCUUGCUGGUCCUCUGUGGGCCUUCUGGCGUCGGCAAGAGCACGCUGGUCAAACACUUGUUGGGUCAUGAAACAUUAGGCAGCCAGUUUGGUUUGGUGGUUUCGCACACCACUCGGGAGCCGCGAGCUUCCGAGACGGAUGGUGUGGAAUACCAUUUCGUAAGCAGGGAGAAGAUGGAGCAGAUGAUUGCAAACGGAUUGUUUUUGGAACAUGCCGAAGUCCACGGCAACUUGUACGGGACAUCCUUUGCAGCAAUCCAGGAUAUCUGUGAUCAUGGUCACAACUGCAUCCUGGACAUUGACAUCGCGGGGGUGCGAAGCUUGCAUAGAUAUCUGCAAGACAAGGACAACCAAGCUCACUUCGUCGAGGUUCUCCCAGAAGGUGGCCUGGCAACGCUGGAAUCCCGGCUCCGUGCAAGAGGCGGCGGUGACGAAGCCGAGCUUCAGACCCGGCUCGAGACCGCACGCCGGGAGAUGAAGGAGUAUGGCUCCUUCCAGUGGGAUUCCACGAUUCUCUCCGUGGACGGCGAUGUGGACAGCGCAGUGCGUGAGCUGCUUCGAGUGGCUACGAAGCUGGCCCUUGUGGUUGCUGUAAGAGGGCUUGACCCAGAGCCUGGCAACACAGGGAAGGUGAGCAGCCGAGACGUGGAGUCCUUUGGUAGUUCACGCACCUCGCGGCUUUCCUCCGACAUGGACUCCGGCGAAGGCGAAGGCCCAGACCAAGAGGUGGAGGAAAUCGACUGGCUGCAGCUGAUGUCCACAACACCCGAGAGUCAGGAGUCUCGAGACGAAGCCUUCGAAAUGGCGGAGGAUUUCUGGAUGCUGCAAAGACGUGCUCGGUUCUACGAAGCUCUUGAGAACCUGAAGGCACUCCCUGACGAGCCAGCGCGAAAGACUCCCGCAGGUGAACGGGAUAUAGGGGAUGUGAAGUGGGCACGGCGUUCCCACGAGACCAAGGAGCAGCAAAAGACAGCGGCAAAGGAGUUGGAAAGUCUCGAACCCCUGACCUCCAUCCUUGUCGGCAAGGACGACUUCACAGACGACAAGAUGACAAAAGAGAAGUGUCAGAAAGUUGCGGCGAACCUCGGGCAGAAAGCCCUAGACAAGAUGUAUGACGACUGGGUAAAGAGGCUUAACGGAUUGACACCUGCUUGCUUCAUGCAGACCGUGGCCGCCUUGGUUGUGGAGGAGGGCCAGCAAAGUCUAAAUAUUUUCAUGGAGAGUUUGAGCAUGGAUCUAAGCCUAUUCGGAGCCAAUCGUCGCGUGGGGAGCCUUCCAAAAGACGCAAGAAUGUGGGUUGGCCCGAAAUUGAGUGAAUGGGAUCGGUCCAAGCCUUGGGAUUGGCUAGGAAAGAGUCUUGGCAGCUUCCGCAUCGUCUUCAAGCAAAGGACGGAGAUGACUUUGUUGAGCAAGUUGACUAAAGAUCUCGAAAGCACUGACACGUCCCAGAGCUGUGGGCGUGUUCUGUUUUCUGCCGCUGCCGGCCAGAGCCUUUCUCGCAUCAGCUACAGUAUCAUCCCGGCAGUCCAGCUCUUGAACGCCAAUGACAGCGAUCUGAGCCUGAUGCUCAAGGUGCUCGUAGAUGCCGGGCGGGAGAGUCAGUGCUUCACAACCGUUGUCUCCAAGGCGCUCCUCGAUGAGGCACUGAUAAGGACUUCAUGGGCACGGGCCGCAGAUUGGUUGGUAGACAUGCUAUACCUUGUCAUCCUGCUCUUGUUGGCCAUUGCCGUCAACUCCCGCCGCAAGCCCCUCAAGACAGUGCAAGUGUGCUUCUUCAUCGUUAGCCUAUGGGUCGCCUUGUCACUCUUAUGUAAACUCUAUGGUGGGCUUCGGCUGUUCUGGUCCCGAUGCGGGGCCUGCCGCGGUUUCUUUGCUGGCGUGAUCAAGCAUGCGACGCUCUGGAACUUGGUCAUGUCCUCGUCCGAGGUGUUUUCCACCUACUUCGCAUUCCGCUUUUGCAUCUAUGUGGUCUACGAUGCCGAUGAGGGUGCAUGGACGCUUUUCCGCCAGCAUCCCGGCUUCCUCUCGUUCCUGGUUUUGGUCCGGUGGACGCAGCUGGGCAUCGGCCUACUGCAGGUCGAGCUUCUGGGCCGCAAUGUCGUGCCGGUGGUUCACGCCAUUUCGAGGCCAGAGUCCCUGUCCUUCCUGUUUUUCCUCUUCAUCAUCGUGCUUGGCUCCUUCCAUGCGUACUACGUCUUCCCUAUCAAGGAGAACACAGGCAGCUUAACCCAUGUCCUGAACACUUUCUUGAAGAUCUUCCGGCUCGAAAUUCUUGGGGAUUUCAGCCUCAGCGAGCUAGAGGGUCUCGGUGAUCAGCUUCACGGAUCUUUCUCUUCGGACCACACUUUUGAUGGUGAGGUUGACGAAGAAGCUUACGACAGGGACUUCCACAGGAGCUUGCGUGCCGAGUUCGUAGCGCUGAGCCUCGCAGUGAACGUUGUUUUCCUGAACGUCUACAUCGGCUUGCUUGGAGAGCUCUAUGGGAAGUCGGUGGAGCGGAAGACGCAGUUGUACCAUCAUUACUUGGCAUCCUACGCAUACCGGAACCUUUCUCGGGCGUUGCGCCCGGGUCAAUCAUGUGGAGACCGCAGUCAUCUUAAAAACGUCGAGGUCGUUUGGGUGGCCACCUUGGCCGAGGAACAGGAGGAGAAGUCAGGCUCCUGA